UAUCUAUUUUAAUAUAAUCGAAGAGUUAGCUGUGGCGCAUAAUUUGCGUAAAGAAACAUGCCAUCGACGACGGCGGUUACCCUGAACUCUUUCAUACGAAUCGUUGUUUUAAUGUUUUGCCUAGCUAGUCACCACUUUGUUCCGAUACAAAGUACAUUACGUGCGGAUGGCGUUGAAAAGUAUAUUAUUACCAGGAGCGAGAGGACUGACAACGACGUAUUCAAGAUUAUUUACAAAACUGGCUUCAAGUGCCCACAAGACGUUUGUAAAAACUCCUCUGCUUGGGUGAACAACACCGCACAGUGCACCUGUUCAUGUAAGGCCGACACUGCUACCUUCCUCCCACUAAUAGGAAGUUGUGGUGAUACAGCAAGUAUAAAAACAUCUCUGUUUGGAAAUUGCUUAGAAGCGCUUGGUUUGGAAAGUAGGAAAAUCAGUAAUUCCCAACUACGUGGGUCAGAUAGUUUUGCAGGUUUUGUUCCUUCGGAGGGAAGACUGAAUAAUGAUAAGGCCUGGUGCUCCAGAAGGAGUCAGCAAUUUUUUGAGAUCGACUUAUUGGAGGUCAGGCAUGUCUCAGCCCUUGCAACUCAAGGAUACCGAGGAGUGUCUAGUAACUAUGUCAAAACAUAUGAGAUGGCGUACAGUUAUGAUGGUGUAACAUGGUCUGACUACCAAGAUGAAAAUGGUCGCAAAAAGACAUUUACUGGAAAUAGUGACACAGACACUGUAAAAUACACCUACUUCAGGGGGACAUUUGAAACAAGAUUCCUCAGAAUAUAUCCUAAAGACUAUAACACACCAGGGCAUAGGUGUCUCAGAUUUGAAGUAUACGGGUGCAGUGACAAUACUGUUUGCUCCCGUUUCUUCGAGUGGCCCUUUUUCCUGAAAUCUCUUGACCUGUCAAAUGAAGGAGGGGUGGAAAUUGGGUCAGAUGUCAACUAUCAAGCCUGUCAAGUUGUUCCCGGAAGAACAGCAUAUCUUGAUUAUCAACUGGAAAACAAGUGGGCGCGGGUAUAUCCAGAAAUCUUUAAAGUGGAAAGAGUACAAGGAAAACUUGUUUUCAAGUGGGUGAAUAAUGGUACUGACAAGAACCUGUCAGGAAGAAUUGUUCGGGUAGUGAUCAAUUGUAGUUAUUCAGCAUCUGCAUCUCGACCACCCAAGACUGCUUGCCUGAUUUUCAAGUCCUCAGGGCAGAUCACUUACGUUACUGAUGGUUUGAAUGACAAGUCACUGACGAAGCCAGGUUUUGUGGCAAAGACAACACCACAUAUUUCUCCAAUCACCAAGACAACUUCAGUGACAGAAUAUAUCAACGACACAGGCAAAAAUUACGCAGGAAAAAAUGGAAAUUACAGUGGAUCUGUUGUCGUGAUUGGCAUUGCAGUGGGAUGUGCACUUGCGUUUGGAAUCUUAAUCAUCGUCCUUGUUGUAUUUUGCAAGCGAAGGAAAUUGGAAAACAACCAGCAAGAAACAAAGUCAGCAGUUAGGAACCCAGUGGUUGAGAAUCAAAAGGACAGAGAAAUGGAAGAUGUCUCAACCUCCAGUGAACAAGCCGGUCAAUCAACGUACCAAAGUCUUGUUACCAAUAGUGGAAAACUUUUACAUUUAGUUAUUUUUUCCACAUCCACUUCAGGACAAAGUAGUGGUGGAGCUGUGCACAGUCCCCCUGGAGAUUACUAUGGUUACUCUUCUCUGUACCAAAGUAUGGACAAGUACACACCAGUUGCAGCUCCGGUUUACCAAAAUGGGCAGACAUCAUUUACAGAACCAGAUUAUCAAAAUGUACAGACCCGGGAGGGUGGCAUACCAUAUGCUUCAGUGCACAGCCUUGGGUCUCAAACAGAAUCUGCGUAUGAGCCCCUAAGGGGGUCUGAUAUGCAAAAUGUGUACGAGUCCCUUAACGAAGAAGGCAACUGAAUUGUACUGACAGCAUGAGCCUUACAUGAAGACAUAAAAGCUAUCGUCGGUCUAAGGUUAAUAUAAAUCAAGUGCUAUUUGGAGUCUAGAAAUUAACAAUGAAAAAGCCAACACUGACUUCCUGUUCCGCUUUUCAGGAGUUUUGAUGAGAAAAAUUAUUAGUAUAAAAUUGUUGUAAAAUUAUCAUUUCAAGAUGUUGAGAAUUUUUUAUACGAAAGUGGUCUGAAACAUGCAGUGUCGAGGUUAGCAGGGAAUUUUCCUUUCAUUUAGAAGUCAAGACAUGUUUUUUGUGCCGUUCGUUAACUUAAAACGCGCACUCCGUCAGCAAAAAGCCCAACACGAAAUUGUCACUAGAGCAUUUCUUCUGGGUUUAGUUCCCUAGGUUUGCUGACCCUCGAAAAAAUUGAGCAAACUAUUUGCACUGAGUAUAUUUGAUCAAUAAUCUUGUUUUAAAUUAAGUUGCUCUAUUGGCGAAGGUUGAAAACAUCAGCAAGCUACAUAUUUGUAUUGUUUCGACUGUCAUGUAGUAUAUCCGUUUCUUUACUUUUAGAAAUUUCCUUGAUUCAUAUCUUGUGUUUAAACAGUAUUUUCCUGGUACAAUUACGUAGUUUUUUGUCACUGUUAAUAAGUCUUUGCCUCAUUAAAUAAUAUUUUCCAGUAAACAACCUAAACUUCACGAAAUGAUACAAGAUAUAAAAGAUAAAAAGCAAAACUUUUCCUUGUGGAAUAAUUAAGAAAAUUAAACUUAAACUAUUUUAUUUUUA